AUGGACCUUCAAGCCCGACAUCUUGGAGUCACAUUGCUAUGGUGUCUCUUUUCGGUGAGUCUGUUUAAUAGUUUCUCAUCUGAUGUAACGGCGAGGUACUUCGGCAUUCCCAACAGAUCACUCGCAAAAACGAAACAAGCCGAUGCAUGUCGUUCUCUGUUUACAAUUAACCAAGUUUUCACCAGCGAAGGUUUACUUCAUGCGGAGUUUGAGCAUAGCACGUCCACAAAUGAAAGUGGUUUCUAUAUACAACCUGCCACGAUUUACGGCGUGGAGGAGGUCGCUGCCGCUGCCAGGGAGGUGCGGCACUUGGUGCGCAAGAGGGCGUCAUCCUCGGGGCCUGACACGGCCGACUAUCGUGUCCUCGGCGCCCUUCUGCCUAAACUCGUGUCCUUCGAGCACCUCAAAGGAGAGGACGAAACCUCGGCCGGAACGAAGCAGGGUCAGCCGAGGCCGCACGUCCGAGGCGGAAGCAGAAUCGACGCCGGCGGAGGCGUGUUGCCCUUCGUGCCGUGCGUCAUCGCGCCCUACGACCAGCCGGCCUCUUUCGCCACCUGCGUCAGGAGGAGGCUGGAGGAAAAGGGCUCCUUCUGGAUCUACUUCAUGGGGGACUCCAAAAUUAGGGGUGUCUUCAUGGAAAUGCUGAAGCGCACCGACCAGGAAUUUGAUUAUCGGAUUGAAGUUAAGACGUGGAGUUACGCGAAAAUAGUCACGAGACAGGAUUUUCGACACCAGGACAUGAGAGUCACUUCUGCUGCUGCUGACGGCCUCCUUAUCACCAUGAGUUUCCGAGUGUUCGUGGAGAUGGGAAGACCUUCCAGACUUCCAGACGAAGCGGAAGUGACGCAACUCCGCCGCUGGGCAGACGGAGCCGACCCUCUGCCAGACAUUCUGAUCCUAGGUUAUACAUCGUGGAUGUUGCAAAGGCACAUGAAAGAAGCUAAUAUCAUUGAGCUUCUGGACGGGUUAUUCGAGAUGCACAAGGCAGUUGUGCCUCAUGUUGUGAAGAUCUCGCGGUCCACAAGGGUGUUGGUGCUGCCCCAGAGUCGCCCGAAGCCCCAUGCCGCCAUGAUUAACGUGGGCCACUCAAUCAUCAACGUUCCUAACUUCGACUGGAGCGAGAAAACCUUUCUUCAAGAGGUACAGAAACACAGUCGGAAUCAAGGUGUUCUUCGCAGCGAAGAGCGACAGGACAAAGAGCUACACUCGUUUUGGGACGACCACAGACCAGGACACAUUUCUAGGUCGUUCCGGGACCAUCUGAUCCCUGGAACGUCCACGCCGGGCCUGUGGUGGUGGGACUCGAGCCUUCCGAUCAACUUGGCGGAGAUCGAUGAGUGCAACGAACUUCACCGUCGAGACCUGGCUGGCGACGAGGCUUACACAGGUCCUCGGCUGCAGUGCAGAGACAUCCACCACGCUGGAGACGAGACGGCCUCUGACCUCGUUACGAUGCUGUUUAACCUGAUGUGUAAUUCAGUCUUAAAACAGAACGAGAGUCUGUGCUGUUCAUGAAAGCUUGUAUCUUUUUGUUGGCUGCAGGAAAUUUAUAAGAGCAAAAGCAACUUGCAUAUAUGGAUGCAAUGCAAAUGCAGCCAAAAGUGCAUUUUCAAAAACUAUUUUAAGUGACUCUUUUUAUUUCUUACUAACCGGUAGCU